UCUUCCCCAAAUAACAGAACUCCAAGAGAAACACAGAGAAGAAAAAAGCAAUUAAAUUUCUUAAUUAUCUGCUAAUUCUGUGUACAAAAAUUGAAGAUCAAGAUUAUCAAUUUUGAAAAAAAAUGGAAACCAAAAAUGAUUUGGUGUGGUUAUGUUUGGAAGCAGCAGCUGAAAGUAAAGAAAGCAUAGAAACAUGGAGAAGACAAAGAAGAACACUUGAAAGUAUGCCAAAUCAAUUAUCGCAAUCUCUUCUUCAUCGUCUUCUUCAACGAAAACUCCUCAAUCCUUCAUUACUUGAGGUUUUUCAGUAUAGUGUGGAGGAGAUUGAUUUAAAGAAUGAGAAUGUGGAUGCAGAAUGGAUGGCAUACAUUGGUGGAUUCGUGUCCCUCCGUGCUUUGAAUCUGGCCGAUUGCCGAGCUAUCAAUAGUUCUGCACUCUGGCCUAUUGCUGGGAUGGAGACCUUGAAGGAACUGGACUUGUCUAGGUGUGUAAAGGUUAAUGAUGCUGGGAUUAAACAUCUUUUAUCUGUGCCGAACUUAGAGAAAUUAUGUAUUUCGGAGACUGGUGUUACAGAAAAUGGGGUGGCAUUGCUGUCUUCUCUUGUGAAUUUGGCGAAGUUAGAUUUGGGUGGGCUCCCUGUCACUGACCGCGCAUUAUCUUCACUCCAGGUGUUGACUAAGCUGGAAUACUUGGAUAUCUGGGGGAGUAAAAUAUCUAACAAAGGAGCUGCUGUUCUGCAGAAGUUUCCGAAUUUGAGUUACUUGAAUCUUGCUUGGACGAAUGUCACUAUUUUUCCAAGUCUGCCAUCUAUAACAUGCUUGAACAUGAGUAACUGCACCAUCGAGUCAGUUUUGGAAGGUGAUUGUGGCGUUAAAACUCCUCUGAAAGAGCUUCUUAUCCAUGGGGCUACAGUCCUAUAUGUCCAUGAAGUAUUUUCAAAUAUUGAAACAAGUCAAUUAUCUUUCUUGGAUGUAUCCAAUUCCUCAGUUCACGAUUUUCGGUUUUUGGCUAGAAUGGAUGCACUUACCCAUUUAAAUGUCAGCUAUAGCAGAAUCGAAGAUGAGGCUAUGGAAUUGGUUGCUGAAGUUGGAGCAAAUUUGAGAACUCUAAAUCUCAGCAACACGAAAGUCAGCUCUGCUGGUAUAGGGGCUUUGGCUGGCCUGGUUCCAAAACUUGAAACUUUGUUAUUGUCUGGCACUAUGGUUAAUGAUGUCGCUCUCUCGUAUAUCAGCAUGAUGCCCGCAUUGAGGGUUAUUGACUUAAGCAGCACAAAUAUUAAAGGUUUCAUCCCCCAUGCUGGGGAAGAGCAAGACGAGGUAUUUUCACUUUCUGAGUUGGGAAGCCUGAAUCAUCUAGAAAAGUUGGAUUUGGAGGAAACCCACAUUAAAGAUGAGGCUCUCCAGCCUCUCUCUAAGUUACAGGGAUUGAAGACCUUGUGUUUGAAAAGUGAUUUCCUUACACAUAUGUCACUGCAUUCAAUCGCAUCUCUAGGAAACCUAAGAUUUCUUGGGAUUCGUGGUGCUGUAUUGACGAAUGACGGCCUCUGCAUGUUCAACCCACCUCCACUGCUUGAAACGUUGGAUUUGAGAGGGUGCUGGCUUUUAACCGAGGAUACCAUCUUGUUAUUCUGUGAAACUCAUCCUCAAAUCAUAUUGAAGCAUGAAUUUGCUCAAGUCUGCUCCGCAGUUGCAAAUAGCGGUGAUCACUCAUCUCCACAGCGAUCGACCUCUAAAACUUCCCCAUUGAAACCUAAGAAGAGCAAAUGGUCUCCAUCUCCCCCAUCAACAGUUCGAAAAGAGGGGUUUGUUGUAGAUCAAAGGCUGAAAUAUAGAAGAGAAGAACUGCUAGAGAUGCAGUAUUCACCACUUUCGCAAGCCUCUCCUAGUGUUGUACUUCCACAGAUGCUGAUGGAGUGACUCUAAACAUUCGUCUCAUCAAUGUAUUUCGUGUCUUCAAUCUACUGCCACCAGAACUUAUCUAUAUUCGUUGCCUGCUAACCGUAUUUCUAAACUGAAGGAGAUUUUGCAUGAUGAAGAAUGGUGCAUUCCUUGUUGUCUUCUGAGAUUACAGAACUCGGUCAAUAUUUCUAGUGUUGGGUUAUGGAUGCUAAAUGGCAGAUGAUCUUAAAAAUCCUUCCAAUCAUUCAGUUUGGUCAUGUACUAUAGAGAAUUAAAAUUUUCAACUGACAAGAUGGGCUAUGAGAGGCCAGUUUUCUUGGGUGUCAUUGAAAACCCUGAUACUAGUUAUUACAGAUUAGUUGACGUAUUUUUGCUUUUGCGAAAGCAAUUGAUAUUGGUAGAGGCCUAUUGACUAGUGCCGUGACUUUGUGUCUUUGACUAUUGAUAUUUGAUGAAUGUUUGAAAUUCAUGUUUU